ACACACACAAAAAAAAAAAAAAAAACUUAAAGUUACGGAACAUCAAAUCUACGGAUGCAAAAAAAUAAAGUAAAGAUGGCGUCUGGUAAAACGUUUGGAAGAACCUCGUGUCAAUUCUCUAAACAAAUUAUAUCUUUUUUAAGGCACAGUUCAUCUAAAUCAGCUAACUCUUUUAAUAAUAUUGGUUUAUCAAAGACUUUAAGAAGCCUUGCUGGUUCAGAUCAACACAUGUUACAAACUGUAAAAAAACUUAAUAAAAUUCAAGUGAGACAACUUCAAAACUCAAUGGCUAUAAUGUGCUUAAGUUCAAAGGUUAAUUUAUGUAUGAAUCUUCUUGCAAGUACAGAUAGUGAUCUUGUUGAAGUGGGUGAAGAUUCUGACGAUGUUUGUUCUCAAUCGGGCCAUAAAAAGAAAGCAAGGGGACUCAAGAUUCUGUAAAACUUUCAAUCUGAUUUAUUUUUGAUGUUAAUAAUUCAAUAUUUUUUAUGAGUAAAAAAACUUGGUUGAA